AUGGCACCAUCCAUUGCUCAAGUUCCCACUGCGGAAGUUGUUGUUCCUGUAAAGGCCGCUCCUGGAACAACCGAAACCAAACCCAGAGUGAGAAGAAUCAUUGACGAGGAAGGGGGGAAGACUACUGCUAGUCAUCCAAACUACCUGCCUGUAUGGGACUAUGGAGAGAAGUACCUCCCUCUUGAACCCUUUACGCACGUCGACCACGGAAAAGACGCCGACCCCUCCUUCAAAGACCUCCUCACCGAAGGCUCUAAGAUUCAAAAGUUGACUCCAACCAUCGGCUCUGAGGUUACAGGCGUUCAGUUAAGCAAGCUCACCGCUGCCGGAAAGGAUCAACUCGCUCUGCUCGUCGCCCAACGCAAAAGGCCCUCGAUUUCGGAGGAUACUUUGGCCGCCACCAUAUCCACCCAACUAGCGGAGCUCCGAGAGGGAUAUCCCGAGAUUCAUCUCGUGCACCGGAACAACAAUUCCUGGGAAUUCGAUGAAUAUCUCGCGGCGAAGAACAGCAGUGUCGCAUGGCAUUCUGAUGUCACAUAUGAGCAGCAGCCGCCCGGUACCACGUUCUUGUACCUCCUUGAUGGUCCUGAAGUGGGCGGGGAUACUGUUUUUGUCAACCAAGUCGAGGCCUAUAACCGGCUUUCGCCAGCGCUCAAGGAGCGUCUGCACGGGUUGAAGGCUGUGCAUUCCGGGGUUGAGCAGGCCGAGUUUAGUCUACAGCGUGGGGGAGUCGAUAGACGUGACCCGGUCAAGACCGAGCAUCCUCUUAUUCGCACCCAUCCGGUAACUGGCGAGAAAGCGCUUUUCGUCAAUGGUGGAUUCACUCGCAGUAUUGUCGGACUCAAAAAGGAGGAGAGCGAUGCCCUUCUAGGUUUCCUGCUGGCUCAUGUGGGUCGGGGAAUUGAUUAUCAAGCUCGUGUUCGAUGGGCUCCGAAGACCGUUGUUGUCUGGGAUAACCGUGUCACGGCUCAUUCUGCAAUUGUUGAUUGGACGACUGGUGAGCGUCGCCACUUGGCGCGCAUUACUCCACAGGCUGAGCGCCCUUAUGAGACACCUUACGUUCCAGAGAGUGAAUCAAAGGCUUGA